GAACAAGAAAUCAACUGUUGCACACGUAUAUUACGAAAGUCAGCCUCUCUUAAUUCCCUAUUGCCUAGCCAAGGAUAGGGUAACAAAUCAGGAAUUUCCUUCUGCCACUCCUGCAAGUGCAAGCGAAAAGAAAAAGAAAAGAAACGAGCAAGCAAUCUACUUUUAAGCUCCCAUUUCCGCCCUGAGAAGGCGAUCUGGGUAGCUGCAACACUUUUUGACGCGUAUUUAAUUUUAUUUUUGUUUUAAGCCACUCUCUGCGAAAACAACGGGGAUUUAGUCCUCUCUAAACAGUGCAACAGUGCAAAUAAAAAACGCUUUCAUUUAUGGUUGAAACCUUGCCUUUUAAUACUUUUUAUGAUGUACUACUUUUUCUUUGCUCACAAAAGUCUACAAAUAAUUGGAGUAUAUGCGUUCUGUUUUGCCAGAGGGCUUUGUUUCAGAAAAGGGGAAGAAAAUCGUCCCUAACAAGAAGGAAGGCUGUGACAGCGUGUACAAGUUUGGGUUUUGUAACUUUUUUUUUCAUUCCUUUCUCCGAGUGGAUUGGUGUCGCUAUUUUCUUUCUAACUCUUAGGUACGUUGUUGUUGGUUCCCUGUUUCCCUUCUUUGGGAUUUUGGAUUUACCCGCUCGUCUUUGGAUAAAAUUACCUCUAAACCAUUUGAUGCCGUUAAAUUCAACUUGAUCAAGUAAAGAUUCGAACUUGAGGAAAAGUACAAACCACAAAAAGAUCAAUCGAAACGCCCAGUUUCUUAAAGGGAGGAAUGCUCGGGAUAAGAAGCGCUUGGAAGGAUGCUGUUUCUAGUAAAAUGGAAAUGAAGACCACUUUUGCAGUUAUUGUGGUGCUGGGCUUAUUCUUUUGUCGGAGUUGUAGCCAAGAACUUAAUCCAAAAGGCAGAAAUGUGUGUAAAGUACCAGGGUCCCCAGGGUUUGUGUGCUGCAGCGGGUGGAGGCAGCAAGGCGACGAAUGCAUAACCCCACUUUGCGAGGGUAACUUCACCUGUAAGGAGAAUGAGGUGUGUGUCAGGCCCAAUGAAUGCCGCUGUCGUCAUGGAUACUUUGGAGCCAGCUGUGAUACAAAGUGUCCGACCCAAUUCUGGGGCCCGGACUGCAAGGGAAAGUGCACGUGCUUUCCCAAUGGCCAGUGCGAUGACGUGACCGGCAAGUGCACCUGCAACCCCAACCGCUGGGGGCCUAACUGCGAGAAGGCCUGCCUCUGCCAAAAGGGAAAGUGCGACCAGGAGACGGGCAAGUGCACCUGCCACACUGGGUUCUGGGGUCCGCAGUGCGCUAACAACUGCUACUGCAGCUCCAACUCGGUGUGCGAGCAGACCACGGGCCGCUGCAUCUGCAACCCGGGCUGGUACGGCCGAAACUGCGGUGCCCAGUGCAAUUGCAAUAAUUCCCCGUGCGAGCAGUACACCGGGCGUUGCCAGUGCCGGGAACGCCUGUGGGGCACACGCUGUGAGCGCUUCUGCCAGUGCGUCCACGGCAAGUGCAACCAGGCCGAUGGGUCCUGCACCUGCACACCAGGGUACCGGGGAAAGUUCUGCCGGGAGCCCUGCCCUGCCGGAUUUUAUGGCCAGAACUGCAGAAACAGGUGUGGCCAUUGUAAAGGCCAACAGCCUUGCAAGGUAACCGAGGGACGCUGUGUGACAUGUGAACGGGGCUGGAACGGUACCAAAUGUGACCAGGCGUGUGUCCCGGGCUUCUUCGGUGAGAACUGCAAGGAUGUGUGCCCCCCUUGCAAAGAUGGUCAUUUCUGCAACCGCAUCGAUGGCAAGUGCUCACACUGUAAUCCCGGCUGGAUGGGAGAUCGUUGUGAGAUGAAGUGCCCAAAUGGAACAUACGGUGAGAAUUGUGAAAACGACUGUAGCCAUUGCUUCAAUGGGGACUGCCACUUUGUCACUGGUGAAUGUCUCUGUGAUCCUGGCUUUUAUGGAACAUAUUGUAAUCAGACUUGUCAGUCUGGUCAAUACGGUGUGAACUGUGCACAAACAUGUUCCUGUCAUGACAUGACAUGCAAUCCAGUCUCUGGAGCCUGCAACCUGCAACCCAACCGGCGGAUGGGUGUGAUCGCGGCCGGGACACUGGUCUUCUUCCUCCUCAUCGUCCUCCUUUCCCUCUUGUUCUGUUGCUGCCUCUGCAAGCAAAAGGAUGAGAGCAACCCAGACCGUGAAAACUCCACCAGCAGCAAAAAGGCCAAACGACUCCUCUGUGGACGUUUCAGUAGAAUCAGCACAAAGCUUCCCCGGAUUCCGCUGAGGCGGCAGAAGUUGCCCAAAGUUGUCGUGGCCCACCAUGACCCUGAGAACACCUUUGACUGCAGCUUCAUUGAGCCCCCCUCUGUGGUGGAGCAGCCUUCCCCUUCCUGGUCCUCCCAGGGGUCCUUCUCUUCCUUUGAGACCAGUGACGACGGCCCAGUUUACUGUGUGCCUCAUGAAGAUUCCGUGGCAGAAAACAAAGACAAGAGUAGCCCAAAUGCGGCAACAGAGAAGACAGUGGCGCCUAGUGAGGAAGAUGCUGGGGAGUACACCUCACUCAAAGACACAGGUUCUACCAAGCAGUCUGCAGGGGACACCAGUGAGACGCCACUACUGAAGUCUUCUGACAGUGAGGGGUCCACCAGUGGCUCUGAGUCUGCCAUUGGGGCUCUUUAUGCUCGCAUUGCUCGACUAUCCAAGCAAUCCAAAGAUGAGGAGGACAAUGGGGGCAGCGAUAUCAAAGGAAAUGGAAAGCCCCCGUCUCCGGAGAGGACAAAACCACGUCCGCCGGACCCAUCCACGAAACCUAAAGUCUCAUGGAUCCACGGUACAGCAGGGGCCAACCAGGCAGAGAAGAGCCAGGGUCCAGCAGUUCCCAAGGAGAAGAAGAGAAGCUCCACUGAGGCCUCUGGGAAGAAUGAAGAGAAGCAGAAAGUCAAGGAGAGAAGCAGCAAGCACAGAGAGCACAAACAUCAGGACACCAAGAACUCAGAGGGGAGCGGUUCCCCUAGCAAACAUAAGGCCCACAAGAGCAGGCCAGGCCAGGAGCAGAUGGAGCAUAUCAACGGGGCGGUGCAGAAUGCUCUGAGGAAAAUUGGCAACUUCCAUGCCGACAAGAAGGGAAGCGAUGCCAAGGAGCCCCCCAAGAGUCCCAGCAAGACACGCUCUGAGGUCAUCCAUCCCCACAUGAAUUCAGAGGCUGCCACCCUCUUAGCCGCCCAGCUGAAAGAGAAGACUCAGAGCAUCAAUCGGAAUGAGGGCGGCAACAAGCCGAAUGGCCUGUCCACCCCUCAGGCCCACAGAGAGAAGCCCACUCCGCCUCAGAAGGCAAAACGCUCCACACCUGGAGCACACCAGAGUUCAACCAAACCCUUGCUGCCCACCUCUAGCAACUUGCAGAAGAUGGUUGCCCCUGUCGCAGAAACUCUGUCUCCAGAGGCUAAAAGCCCAGAGAAACAGGACUCUAAUGGCUCUAAAUCUGGAGACACGGGAGACCCCACACCCAAGAAGAUACCUAUUAAAAAACCUCCAAGGAAGAAAGGCAAGGAAAGUACCUCAGACACUAAGGAAACCUUGGAAACUAAGAGCCAUCCGAAGACAGCCAUUAUGCCACCGCAGAUAGUGAAAUAGACUGUUUUCAAUUGCCAGAGCCGUCAUAUGGUUUUGGUUUGAGACACACAGGACAACUUUGACCUAGUUUUCCAUGCAACAAGGCAAACAAAUCUAAUGGUUUUCCAUCCAAAUGACUGUGGAUUUGAAUUUAUUUGUUUUAGAAAUAUUCUGGACCAAAAGGAUGCAUGGAAAACAUCCUGUAGAAGUCAGACGUGGUUGACAGCUAUCUCUGAAUUAGAGAGGAGCUGUUAUGAAGAACUCUAAACCGUUCAGUAUUACUUGGAUUUAAUGCAGUGUUUUCAUUUUUUUCAGUUUUGUAUACUUGCAAUUUAGUAUUUUCUAUUAUUAUGUGCAACACAGGAUAUAACUACGAGAUAUCAAACAGUUCUGACAGUGGCAAAAUUCCUAAAUCAGUACUGGACUGCAUUUCUCUCAUAUAUGCCCACCACUAUGUAUUUUUCAACUUAUUUUGUAUUUGAUAUAU